AUGGACCACAUAUUCCCUUCACUGCAUGACGCAGGUCCGCUAAGAACCACCCCGCGUCUCCAUCAUUCGACAGCGCUGAAAUGCUGUUGUGGGAGUUCACAAUGUGCCUAUCUCCAACAUAACAUUGCUGCGCUGGCGGAUCUGGAAAAAGACGUCGAAACUGCCGCCCAGCUAGGCCAGGCAUUAUUGCAGCGCCAUGAAUCUUACAUGACAGAUGCAGAAGGAGAUCGAAGCAGGUUACUAUUAGAAAUGGAACAUCUCGAGCGGGACAAGCGCCAGGCGCAAGCCGAAAAUGCGCGGAUCAUCGAAGAAAACCGCGAGCUCUUGGAACAACUGGAGGAAAUGAACAAGUUGAUCGUAGAAUCGGAUGCGCAGAUCAAGUCACUCACGGACUCCCUCGAGAGUACACAGCUGCAUGUUAAACAAUUGUCGAUCUCAGCGUCGCGCGUAGCCCAACUCGAAUGGCAGAUUGUUGCGAUGGAGAAGGAACAAGAGGAGUUACAGGCAAAACUUAUCGUCACCAAAGAAGAUGAGAAAUCAGCUAUCCAACGAUGGAGACAAGCCGAAUUCACUUUGCGAGACCUUCAAGACCAGCUCGAGAGGAUAGAAAAGGAGUCGAGAGAGGAACGGGAAAGGAAUGUGGAGCUACUUGCGCGGAUGGAGAGGAGGAGGGCUGUUGAACGAGAAUUGGAUAGCGCUGCGGGUCGACUCAAAGGUGCUGCUGCUGCCUCGUCACUUGGCCAGAAUAAGCCGGGAGUGGUUAGCAACUUCGUGCGCGACAUCUUGCAAGAUAAUGCGAACCUGCAAAUGGGCAUCGUUGAGCUCAGGGAAAUGCUUCAGAACUCAAAUGAGGAGGUGCAGAACCUGCGGGAACAGGUUCUCCUCCAUCAACCACUGACUCCGGAGCGGAAUGAACGACAGCCACGACAGAAGGCACUUCCGCUUAGUGACGAACUGGAUGCGAAAUUCCCGCCAGUGGCAUCCCAGGAGUUUCACGUCCAUCAUCACUACCACUCGCCUACCCCAGCUGUCUCCCAGCGAAAGGAAAGGGUACAAAUCCCGAUACACCGUCGCCAGAGGAGAAAGAGGCCUAUGAUCUCCUCUCCGCUUCUCGAGUCGCCUCGCAUUUCCUCACGCAUGUCACAAACACCACACCGUCCACAUGGUUCUACUUCGUCAACAUCAACCAUACUCUCCCAAACUUCAGUCUCUAUCCCUCCGCCCUCGAAUGGCCGCAGUUGGUCGUCUCAAGCCUCCGGUUCCGCAGCAGCGGGGUCGCUAUCGUCGUCAAUGCCUAAUUCUCCACAAUCUACAUAUAGAACCUCGUCAAUUUUCGAUCGCGUGGACCAUGGCUUUGAGUCUUCUCGCCCUACUAGCCCAGAGAGUAUUGGUUUUGCGUCUCCAAGUGUUAGGCCAUACCGUCAUCGCAAAGAAUCCUUUGAUAUCCCCUUUCGAUCUAUAUCUGGCCCGGUUAAGUUGCAGGAUACGUCUAUAGCUCUUCCAGGUGAUAAAAUCGAAGAACAAAGCGGUAAAUUUUUCACUGAUGAGAAUAUACCUUAUUGCGAACCUCCCAUCAUGGAAGAGGCAGAAAACUCACCAACUCAGGAAACGAUCAAUGAAGAACCAAUACAACCUCAACCUUCAAUUUGUCCUCACAAAUCUGAGCUUGCGCAUGAACCUGAACCUGAACUCUCCUCGCAGCUACAAUAUCACAAAGUGAAACGCGCGUCCUCUCAUGACAGUCUCCUCUCCAUUUCUGGAAUGGAUAUCCAUACGCUUCGCUCCUACCCAUCCCAAAUUCUUAGUCACUAUUUAGCAUUCCCUAUUAGAACACCCAGCCGUAUAACAUCCGCCGGCACGGAAGUUUCCUUCACGCCGCCCGUAAUCUCACGAACGAACGUCAUAGUCCCUACUGUGUCCCUUAGCAAUGGGGGUAAAGGCUCCGACUCACGCUCCCUGCUCUCCUCAGUCGCCGCUGCAUCUGCAGCGGACCCGAACGCAACCCCAACCCAAACGCCACCAGGCUCCCUACCCAGCAACUCAUCUCCUCUUCACCAUCCGGACGAUGUCCUCGCAUCUCGUCAGACAGCCAGUUUCAGUAAGCGGGUCGGCGGCUGGGUUCUUGGCAGAUGGGGUAUGACACCGAUAGCAUCAGCGAGGGACUCGCGUUCACCCAUAUCCUCACGCCGUUCGUCGUUGGCAUCCUCGGCUCGGCCACCAGCGCCUCCACCCAUCUCUCCUGCGUCAUCUGUAUACGCCUCAUCUGUCUCCUCUUCAACACCGGCCUCAACAACACUUGGCAGACCAGCCGGGGUGAACCAAAAAGGUCCUAUCCCGGGGCUCCGCCCACCAGCAAAGGCACCUACGGCAGUACAACCCAAGGCAAUUGACGAGGAGUCACUACAGGAGAGCUUGCUUGAGUAA